UUUUUUAACCGCUCGGUGUCUUUUAACGGGCAGCCUGGCUUUCAGCACCACGGACAGCGCACUGAAUAAAACACCAUUAACGCACAUUUUGCUUAAUUACUUCGCCACGCACGAACUGAGCCACCGUGCAUGUAUUUGGACCAGCCUUGUGGGGGGAUGCCAGUUGCAUGCUAAAAAAAUCCGAGCUCGAAUGUGUCGUAUAAUGUAAAGGGGAGGGCGAUGUUUCCUGUGAAUAACUUAGAAAGUGUGAUUGUGCGGGAUUUUCUCCUCCAUUCCGUUAAUCUGUAUCAUCCUCCGCUUCGCCAAAUCCCGGUCAACCAACGGAUUCAUUUUAAUUUUUUUUUAUAUUUUGUCUUAGUCCCUCGACUCUCGUCAGCUUCCAUUGCACCUUGGAAACACCACAAGCAAGUAGCAGGCGCAUUGUCUUCUAUGUUGGCAGAAAUGUGUGGUCGUGUAUGUGUGAAAUACUGGUUUUUGCGCAUAAAUAAGUAAUUGGUUCCUCCGUGGAUACAUCGAUUUUGCUUUCAGAAAUUGGAAGGUGGGAUUGGCAUUGGGCUUUUCUGCAAGCACAACAGUGCACACCAUUCAUUGCUUUACAUACUUUAUGACCCGGCUGACAUCAUAGCUUGAUGAUUAAGGAGGAAGCAAAUGCUCUUAGUUUAGGGGGAUUUGGUUUGAUAUUGCGGCACCAGUGUUUCACAUUGCAGGGUUUUAGAGGAGGCUGUGCACAGGUGCUACACCACUCACACGGGCUGUUAUGUGAUCGAUGAUGUGAUGCCUUGUAAUUUCGUAUUAAUUAUUAUGCGCUACAACAGCAUAAAGCCAUACACCACAUGCUGCUGUGCCCAGUGUCCAGUCCCCUCUCUGUGUCACUGGAACGCUGAGAGCCUAUUUAAAUUCGGUCGCCCACAGUUAAGGCACAAAGUAUGUCUUUGUCCAUGUGACAGCUAAAUCAGAAAGGAUGAUGUGAAAUCUGUGAGGACAUUUGCGCCCGUCAAAUGUCAAGUGAUGGCCUAAUGGAGGGGGGCAAGGCCAUUUGGUUUCCUUUAAUGUGCUGUCAAUGAAUCUGUGAGAAACGUUAGCGACGAAGUGAACCAAAGCCUCCCAACAGAAACAAGGUCUCCCACAGAGACUGCACUCCCAUAGUGACUGUUGUUGUUGUUUCAGCCCAGCUUCACAUUUAUUGACACCAGAUGUGACAACAUGUUGGUGGUGAAAGGUCCUCAUAUUGCAACUAUGUGUGGACGGAGCAGGACGGCCUUUCUGUGGCUGUGGGCUUGCUUGCUUGUUGCCAACAGGGUACUGAGUGGGAAAAGCUCCGGACAGAAUGGCAUGACAGAUGAACAGAAAGAUAACACUACAGUGUUCACUAAGAUCUUAGAUAGCCUUCUGGAUGGCUAUGACAAUCGCCUCAGGCCAGGACUAGGAGAGCGUGUAACUGAAGUCAAGACUGACAUUUUCGUGACCAGUAUUGGGCCAGUUUCGGACCAUGACAUGGAGUACACCAUCGACGUCUUCUUCAGACAGAGUUGGAAGGACGAGAGGUUAAAGUUCAAAGGCCCCAUGGCUGUGUUGCGUCUCAACAACCUCAUGGCCAGCAAGAUCUGGACGCCCGACACCUUCUUCCACAACGGCAAAAAGUCCGUGGCCCACAACAUGACCAUGCCCAACAAGCUGCUGCGGAUCACAGAGGAGGGAACGCUGCUCUAUACCAUGAGGCUUACAGUACGAGCAGAAUGCCCCAUGCACCUGGAAGACUUCCCGAUGGAUGCUCAUGCUUGUCCACUCAAGUUUGGCAGCUAUGCCUACACUCGAGCAGAGGUGGUGUAUGUGUGGACCAGAGGAGCUGCCCAGUCUGUGGUGGUGGCCGAGGAUGGAUCCAGAUUAAACCAGUAUGAUCUGAUGGGGCAGAGUGUGGAUUCCGGCGUGGUGCAGUCCAGCACAGGAGAAUACGUUGUGAUGACGACCCACUUCCUCCUCAAGAGGAAAAUUGGUUACUUUGUGAUCCAGACAUACCUGCCCUGCAUCAUGACUGUGAUCCUCUCCCAAGUGUCUUUCUGGCUCAACAGAGAGUCCGUCCCUGCCAGGACUGUCUUCGGAGUGACCACCGUCCUGACUAUGACCACGCUCAGUAUCAGUGCCAGGAACUCUCUGCCUAAAGUGGCUUACGCCACAGCUAUGGAUUGGUUCAUUGCCGUCUGCUAUGCGUUCGUCUUCUCGGCCCUCAUCGAGUUUGCCACGGUCAACUACUUCACCAAGAGGGGUUACGCCUGGGAUGGAAAGAGUGUGGUGCCAGAGAAGCAAAAGAAAAAGAAGGAGUCCCUCCUCAAGAAGAACAACACCACAGCCUACCCAGCUGCCACUGCUACGGCCUUCGCGCCCAACAUUGCCAGGGACCCUGGACUGGCCACGAUUGCCAAGAGCGCGCCGCCGCCCCCCACUGAGCCCAAGGAGGAGCCAAAGCCCAAACCUCCCGAGGCCAAGAAGACAUUCAACAGUGUGAGCAAGAUAGACAGGAUUGCCAGAAUAGCCUUCCCCCUGCUCUUUGGAACCUUUAACCUGGUCUACUGGGCAACUUACUUGAAUAAGAAGCCCAAACUGCAGGGGGUCGAUCCACACUAAUCCAUGUUUCAUUCCUUUUAAAAGAAAAAAAAAAAAGAUAUCUUAUUAUUUGGUUUUCUUUACUAGUCAUCCUUACGAAAAAAAAGAAAAAAGAAAAAAGAAGAAGUUUAUUUUCAAACAAACAUGGUGUCCAUGCUGGUUUGAAUUCCCAGUCGUUGCAGUGCUUCUGUGUUUACCAAAAUUUUGAAGAUUUUGAGAAAAAAACAAAAUAGAGAAAAAAGAAUACGACAGUACUGACUUUUGGAGGGUCAAGGAUGAUGCUACUAAGAAAAUACUAAUAUAAAUAUAUAGCCAAGAGAAUGCUAUUCUACAACUGCACAUAACCCAAAUCUGUAAAUGGGCUUUUGUUUCUCUGUUUUUCUUAUUUCCUUUGAAAGGUUUGUUCUAUUAAUUUAAUUUAACAUAUUAUUGUCACAGACAUUGGUAAACGCACUUGUGUAUAUGCAUGGGCAAGUCAUUGUAUUUAUUAUUAUUUAUUUAUUUAUAUUUAUUUUCUAAAAACAGAUCAACGUUGACUGAUGGCUUCGUUUCUUUGGCAUCAUCGGCAAAAUAUGCGACGCUCUCUCUGUUCCAGUCUAUCCAUCCCCUGUUGGGUGUUUUACGAGAUUUAAUUAUAUCAUUCUUCAAAAGAUAUGUUAGGGUUUCUGCAAUAGCAAUAAAACACGUCUCAGUGGACACACCCAUUUAUUUAGAGAUCGAAAAUACAAAAAAAAAGAAGAAUCAUCCGUGUUCAGCGUUUAAACACUGAUUUCCUUCCACGGCAUUGUAAAUAUCACCAAGUGUUAGAGAUGUCAAUAUUGUUUAAGCUUUGCAAAAUGUAACUAAAGGGUAUAUUUAUUGAAUACAUUGGAAAAAAAUCCAUUUUAUUUAUUUUUAUUUAUGUUCAUGAUACUUUCUACGGAAAAAAAAUCUAUCUAUAUAUCUAUAUAGAUAUAUAUAUAGAUAUAUAUAUAUACUGAUCUAAUUCAUCCUUAAGUGACUGUUUCUCACCGCGUUCGUGUUCCAUGCAGCGCUGCGCUUUCACAACCAAGCUAAAUAUUGUUCAGUCGUGCGUUUGUGUCGACACCGAUGGCAGAGGCGGCGACUUUUAGCAGCGGCGUAAACUGAGAUUGACAAGUGAUGAGUAAGAAUGUAAAAAAAAUAAUAAUAAUCCGCUCAAACGUUUUACAUUUAGAGUUAAAACACACUCCUUUUUUUAGACUUUGAGUAUUUAUAACAGGGCCUAAUUUGCCAAAAACCCCCCGUUAAUAUCAAAGUAUGCUCAGCAUCGAUUAAAGAGAGGCGGGGCCUUCCCCAGUUUCAGUGGGCGUGACGGCAGUUACUUUGUUGAUUGAUGGCGCAUCUGUGUUUCCCAUCCCACUGUGUCUCCCUUCAGCUGAGAAUUGAAAUAUAACACUCAGACAGUACCAGCUACACUGCCUUCAGUAUCACAUGCCCGUUUGGACUCAUUUGUUGCUGCGAGUUGCUGAGCAACAGCAAGAGACAGGGACAGAGACAGAGAGAGAGAGAGAGACAAAAGGGGAGGACGGAGACGUUGAGUGGAAGUGGCACAGUAAUCUUAUUUUAGCCGCUGCUGUGUUUCCGCACAGAGGACUUGUCCUGUAGUUCUACGAUAGUGACGAAGAUGAAUAUAUUUUUGUAGCAUGAUGUCAAUCCCCCUUCCGAGAAAAACCAACAGAAACGAACACAAAUGUAAAAAGAAUGCUUUUAUUUGUUUUUUGCUUGCUUGUUUUUUGUUUAUUUUUUUGGUUUUUCUUUUGAAAACACUCUUUGGAUACUUUAGAUCGUCUCCGCUGUGGCACGUUAAGGUUUCUGAACGGUCCAUUUAAAAUUACGUUAAUGUAGCAAUAUUGAUUAGCAAGGGCUUUGCUUAUAGGAACUGAACCUGACACUCAGUCUUGGGGGCGACAUCCGUUGUAGCUUUACACUUGUCCGACAUGCUGUACGUCUAUAGAAGUUAUUUUUCAUUUGGUUAAAGGCGACGCAUCGUGUGUGUCCACGUAUGUCUCGUUGGAAAGUGGGCGGUGCAUUGUCUUGCGUUAUGAUACAACUAAAACUCUCGGUGUGGUUGUGCACUGAGGCGAAGAGAUCACACUUCCACCAGAGGGAAACACUGGUGGAUGUUGUUAUUGUUAUUAUUUGCAUCAACAUUAUGACAAUUAUGGAAUACAUCCCCUAAUGGCAGCCACUUCACCUACAAGCAGAGGGUCAAUGAAAUGCAAAGUUCAGGUUGCAGAGUUGUAUAAAGGUUAUCUGAAUUCUAAAAGUAUUGUAUGUAUGUUUAUUAUCAUGGAGAAAAGAAAAAAACAACAACUAUAUAUACAUAUGUAAAAUACAUAAUCUAUACAGUAUUUGAUUAUAUCAAUGAAGAUAUUAGCUAAAUGAUGAUGAAUAUUGUUUUUGCGUUACAAACAUAUUGUUUUGCACAUUUUAGGAGAACAAUGACAUUUUACUUUGAUGUAAUCAGCUUUGUGCUAUGCAAGGACAGCUUUGACCUUCUCUCCCUCACCAUUGUGUUUCACGUUACUAUUAUUUAAAGAAAAGAAAAUAUAUACAUAUAUAUAUAUAUAUAUAUAUAUACACAUAUAUAUAUAUAUAUAUAUAUAUAUAUAUAUAUAUCAGCUGUGCAAACCAUCACCCUUCAACCAUGGCUAUACAGGGUUACUACAAAGAAAACAGUGGAUUAUCUCUUUUGUUUCCGCUUUGUUUUUGGGUUUUUUUGUGUCGAUGGUUGAGGAGAAAACGGCUCUCGUCGUCGUCGUUUUGCGCUUUUUAAUCGAGAGACUUGCAAUAAAGUAACAGACGUGAGAAACCGGGAGCAAAAGUGCAACAAGAUCACCGCGUUAAUAAUCUCUCUCAAAGUCGAGCUAUUUGGCUCAAACGGGAUCAUUUUAUUUACGUUGCUCCAAAAGCUCGAUGAUAUCGCAGCGAGCGCCAGAAUUUUGACUCCACAAAAAGGGAAAGAGUGAGUUUUGUACACUUUCCCGUCUAUACGAAUGUUUUUGAUGAGCCCUCGUUUUGGACUCCGAGCAGAAACGAAACAAACACUGAAGACCAUUUACACUCAAAAGGGAAUGUGAAAUAUGAGGCACAGUGCAAUUAUGAGCUUCCAACGUUCACCCUCACACUCAUACGCGUGUAAAUAUCACAUCUGUCGGCCCGUCAGUCAUUUCUUUUACUACGUUUGAUGCAAGGUCCAUUGCAGUUUUCAGCAGCUCUUGCUUUUUCAACAGUGAGUUUUUGGUCAUUCCUAAAUACCUACUGGAGUUUCUUUUUUUGUUUGGUUUUGUUUUUUCUUGUAUUUUUAUCAAGCAAAUGUGUUCUGAUUUUCACUGAAAUGUAAAAAAAAAACAAACAACAAACUAAUUUUUCUAAAGCACAAAGGUUGAUUAGAGUAAGAGGUAGAGUGAGGCUGUACAGUACACAAACAACAACAUCCAUACACUUUCACAGUGCACACACACACGCACACACACACAAACACCUGAUUACUGUACACAGGAAUGUGUUUGCAGUUCAGUGAUGUGGACUCAAGGUUCUGAUGGCUGUAGAUGAAACGGUGAACCUUCUGUAAAUGUUUUCUUUGGUUUCUUUUGGUUAUGAUAUGGCCCUGUAGAAUCUGAUUCUCUGCAUUAGUCUUUAAAUAAAAAGAAAACAAAUGAAA